UCUAUCGACAUAUCUUGAAGUUACACUGCUGACCGCCUUAUUUUCAAAGUUGCAUUUUCAUAGUUAUUAACCCCGGAAGUUACUGAUCAGGAGGACCAUAGACGGUCGACUACCUCCUGAAAGCUGCAGAGGGGACUUUCAGAGAAGGACCUCCGAUAUGCACUGAACAUUUUCAUAAGGCUGCAGCUUGUUGUUUCUAAUGGACGUGAAAACAGGUAUUUGUGUUCGUCUGCCUCUAAAGCAAAGAUAUCUCCUCCUGCUGUUUGCUGUCGCAGUAGUUCUCGUCAGUCAGUGGAUAAGGCAUCGCCCCCAAUCAGGGAGAAGACUGAUUCAUGUGGAGGGUCUGAGGGCCAACUCUUCUCAGUUCACUCUGGAGAGAAAACCCUUCCGCAUCCUUGGUGGCUCCAUCCAUUACUUCCGCGUCCCCAGAGCGUACUGGGAGGACCGUCUGCUGAAGAUGAAGGCCUGUGGCCUCAAUACACUCACCACGUAUGUGCCUUGGAACCUGCAUGAGCCUGAGCGAGGGGUCUUCAACUUUGAGGAUCAGCUGGAUUUAGAAGCCUAUAUCCGCCUGGCAGCCAGCCUGGGCCUCUGGGUGAUCCUGCGUCCGGGGCCGUACAUCUGUGCUGAGUGGGAUUUAGGGGGUCUACCCAGUUGGCUACUGAGGGAUCAGAACAUGAAACUGAGAACAACGUAUCCAGGAUUUACUGCUGCAGUCAGAUCCUUCUUUAACGAGCUUCUGAAGAGAGUUGUUCCACAUCAGUACUCAAAGGGUGGUCCAAUCAUCGCAGUGCAAGUGGAGAAUGAAUAUGGCUCCUAUGCAAAAGAUGAAGACUACAUGCCCUUCAUCAAGGAGGCGCUAUUGUCAAGGGGCAUCACAGAGCUGCUACUGACCUCAGACAACAAGGAAGGACUAAAGCGAGGAGGACUGAAAGGAGUAUUAGAAACCAUCAAUUUCCAGAAACUGAGAAUGGAUGAGAUCAAGUAUCUGGAUAAAAUACAACCUAACAAGCCCAAGAUGGUGAUGGAGUACUGGUCUGGCUGGUUUGAUGUUUGGGGGGACCUCCAUCAUGUCUUCUCCGCUGAGGAGAUGGUGGCUGUGGUCAGAACGAUCCUCACGCUGGACAUGUCCAUCAACCUCUACAUGUUUCACGGAGGGACAAACUUCGGCUUCAUGAGUGGGGCAUUUGAAUAUGGAACACAAGCGCCUAAGCAUAUGGUAACAAGCUAUGAUUACGAUGCUCCAUUAUCCGAGGCUGGGGAUUACACCACCAAGUACCAUCUUCUGAGGAAUUUAUUCAGCCUCUACCACACCCAGCCUCUCCAUGAACUGCCCUCUCUCCAGGAGAGGAGGGCGUACCAUCCCGUUGUCAUCACGCACUACCUGUCUCUGUGGGACUGUCUGAAUCUCAAUGACAAGCCAUUUAAGUGUGAAAAGCCAGUGAACAUGGAGAAUCUCCCCGUCAACAAUCACAAUGGCCAAUCCUACGGCUACACGUUGUACGAGACCUCCAUCACCGCUGCAGGAAGCCUCAACUCAAACAACAACAUCAGGGACAGAGCACUGGUUUUUGUGGACAAACAUUUGAUGGGGGUUAUGGAUAAUAAAACACAAGAACUUGCUCUCCCUGAAGGAAAGGGAAAAAGAACGCUGAGUUUACUGGUUGAGAAUUGUGGAAGAGUGAAUUAUGGGAAAACUCUGGAUACGCAGCGCAAAGGGCUUGUUGGAGAUAUCGAGUUAAACAAGAGCAUCCUCCGAGGCUUCAUUAUUCAUAGUCUGAGUUUGAAGCCAGGCUUUGUAAACAGACUUGAGAGUUCGGGCAAAUGGAUGUCAAUGCCUCAGAGACCCUCCUUCCCGGGUUUUUUUCAGGCCAAACUCUAUGUGGACACUUUUCCCAAAGACACCUUCAUCAAGCUCCCUGGCUGGGGAAAAGGCGUAGUGUUCAUCAACGGCAGGAAUCUGGGCCGAUACUGGACCAUCGGACCCCAGCAGACUCUGUAUGUCCCAGGCCCCUGGCUGCACAGAGGGACUAACCAGGUCAUAGUGUUUGAGGAGCAGGAAACAGAUGGUAAGAUUCAGUUUGCCAGCAGCCCUGACUACGGCAUGACUGUUGAUGUCGAGUGAGGCCAGGAGGUGAGAGGGGAUGAUGGGAGAGGAGAGGAGCUGGAGAGUGCAUGACUCAGGCCGUCGCUUUGAGCUUUGUCUUCUACAGCACUGACGUCGUUAGUAACUGUAUCGUCAACUCAUGUAUUACAACUGGAGACCAAAAGGACUGUGACAGAGCAUGGCUAAUAAAGUGUUCCACAGAGGAUGGAUUUAUACAUUUCAAAAGCCUACACAAAACUGUUGGCUGCUUUGAGGAUCCAAGUCCAAGGAGAAGGUUUUAUUUAUCUUGCAAAAACAUUUCAUUUGUUCCUUUUUAUGAUAUCCGGGGGGGGGAUACAAGCUGUGAUUGGACAUUAAUUCAAAGUAUGUUGUGUAAUUUGGAGGUCAGGCUUCCUGUCUUUGAUCUGUUUGCACCAGUUUUUCUAAAAAGGCCAAAGUAUUUGCUAAUUUGGAAAUCAAUCAUCAUUAAGCUAAAAGUUUAAGUUUUAAUGAAGACAUAGAACAUGGUCAAUAGAUCUGACCUGACGCUUCAAAUGAUGCCUGACAAUGAUGUAAACUAGAUGUAUUAAAAGUAAAAUUCACAUAAAUUACAAAUGCACCAGCUGUAAUAAUUAAACUAUAUUAAUACUGUUAGUUACUGCCCACAGAGCAGAUGUGGUAAAAUGUAUACAACUGCUGCAUCAGGGUGUCAUCAAUGUGCUUCUUCAAAAAUGUGCCAGAUUUCCAAAGACACACACACACAAAGCUAACAGACACAGUACCCGAGCACAAGUCAGAUUCUUCUCAGUUAUUUAUUUUUCUUGAUUCAACUAUCAUCUUUCUCUGAGACAAAAUAGCUGUGGCAAAUAAACAACCUUAAGAGUCACAUGCAUAAAAUGUGAAUCACAUGAGACUGGAAGAUGAAAAUGGAGAUGAGGCAAAAAGGUAGGACUUGUGUGUGAAGUGUAUUGUGCCUUAGAGAAGCCCUCAGAGAAAAACGCUCAGGUCGGAUGGUUCUAACAGACUUAUUCUUCAUGAGUUUUAGAUAUUGCUUAAUACAUCAUCUGCUCAGAGGGAGAGGAUAAAAAUCAGACGAUUGUAACAGCAUCAGUUGUGAGUUAAAGGAUUAUAAAUUGUUCUGCUGUUUCAGGUUACACCACAGAGAGUAACGUCACAGAAUUGUAUUUAAUCAUGAAACUGCUCGUUAAUGAACAUUCAGUUUUACUAUGAACCUCAUUUACUUUAACAAAAUGGAAGUUAUGCUGCUUCUUAAAUGUUCAAAUCCAGACGUUGACACACUUUUAAGUGUAACUCAACCUUUCAGAUAAAUUCAGCGUUUAUCUUCAAAACUAGUAAUGAUAAAUCAAGUAGAAUUCAGAGGAACAGCAAAGCUUUAGAGAAGAUGGUGUGUUCAGGGGCGUGUCCAGAGGGGUGACCCGGGCCCCCCCUAGAAGCCUGAUUGGCCACCAUAAGUGCCAACCCAAAAAUCCUAAAACUGUGAUUGGCUAUUAUCCCUGUCAGAGGUGGGACUUAAUUUUACAACCAAUCAUUUUGUGUUAUAAAGUAGAUGUUAGACAAGGUAAAUAAUUCAUAUCAGAGCCCGAGUUGGGCCACCCCAGUCAAAAAAAGUUUGGACACGCCCCCUUGGUGUGUUUGUGUUUGCCACUCGGUAGAAAAAACCUUUCAUUGAGCAAUAACACAGUACACUGCUUGUGUUCAUGCCUUUCAGAGAGCAGUUGGAAAAUACAGAUUUAAGGGCAAACACUGAUUGAAUCAACAUCCACACUUGCAAUAAAUACAUAAAUAAAUAUAUUAAAAUGUGUUUUUUUAAUAAUAAAUAAUGGGGAACAAGUUGUAAAGUA